AGGUAACCUUCUAUUACUCUAGCAAAAAUACAGGUUGGCUUCAAUUAGCUCUGAAAGUCGCAGUGAGAGAAGCUGGCCUACUUUUUCCUUCCAGUUACCAUGAAAGGAUUCAUAUUCGCUGGAGUUUUGGUGUCGGCUCUGAUCUGCCUGGCGGAAGGCAAGCCUUUUGAUAACUUAGAGCUGGUUGAAGAUGACAUGCUGAUGACCAAGGAGCAAAAAGAGGCUUAUCUCGCGCACCAGAAUGGACGGGUUCGACGUGCUGCCUUAAGGGACCGCUACCUUUGGCCUCAGGGAAAAAUCCCUUACACCUUCAGCGACGAUAUUGACCAAGCUGGAAGAGAAUUAGCUGAAAGGGCAAUGAACCACUGGAUGUCAAGGACCUGUUUAAGGUUCAGUCCACGAAGAAGAGAACACGCAUACAUCGAGUUUCAAUAUGACGGGAGGUGCAGAGCCCGAGUUGGUUACACCGGAGAGGCAAGACAGAAAGUCUCUAUUGGAAGCGCACUCGACCCCUGUCCACUUGGGUCAGUUAUUCAUGAACUUGGACACGGCAUUGGCUUUUUCCACGAGCAUUCUAGACCUGACCGAGACGAGUACGUGAAUAUCAACGUCAACAACAUCCGAGAGGGAGCCGAAGGUAACUUCAGAAAAGAUAACGGUUAUUUCGUGGAUUCUCGCGGCCAGGAUUACGACUACGGUAGCAUUAUGCAUUACUCCAAGUACCAAGGAAAUAACGCAUUCAACGCCGUCGUUAUGGAGCCAAUUCAAAGAGGCGCCGAAAUCGGUCAGAGAGAUGGUUUGAGCGCCGGCGACAUUCGCCAGACGAACCUGAUGUACAAGUGCAAUGCUCAAGGCGAUAGUGAACUUCAGCCCGUCAAUGACGAGGAUGAAGAUAAGGACCGCGGAGAUUCAAAGAAGAAACCAGACCCAAAAGGCCCCAAGCCAGGAGAAAUUGAGGAAUAACAAUAAAGAAACUCAAUAGUGGAAGAAAAUGGCAAAAAGACUUGAGUUUGACUGUAUCAGUUGAAAUAAAGAACUCGUGAAAUGCU